GACAAGUUCAUUCAUGUUUAGUCAACACACAAAAACAAGUUCAAAAGUAAUGUUGCACAGCAGUUAGUUUGUUACAAAAGUGAAAAAUAACAUCACUAGGCCCCAAAAAUGGCUUACGUGAAUGUUAGAGAUUGGUCAGUCGACCAAGUAGUGGACUGGCUCAAAGGCCUAGAUGGUAUUAUUUCUCAAUACACGACCUCAUUUUUGAACAAUGGGGUAACAGGACAUCAUUUGCUUAACUUAAGAGCCGACGACUUGGAUAACUUAGGAGUAAAAACCUUAGGUCAUCAGGAAAUAAUUUUAGAAUCGGUGGAGCAUUUGCGACACUUUCACUUUGAACUGGAUAAAGAAAACUUACAAAUGUUAGCUUUAAAAGUCUCUUGCGCAUCUAACUCGUUGUUUAAAGAAUUGUUGCUGGUGGAUGAUGAUUGCCCAAUAGUGUCACCUCAGAUGAUGUCGGACGUUCACAACAUUAUAACCACCAUUAAACCCCUUGUUUGUUGGUUAGAUCGUGCCCCGUUUCUCGGCGACAAAGACUACAUUGAUUGCAAAAUGCAGAUGUUGGAUUUGAGUUUUGAAAUGGCCACUAGAGCACACAGAGGAAAAUUUUCAGAAAAACCCGUUACUAGCAUUCGGAAGAUUUGCGAAAAAAUUACAAAAUUGGCUGAUCACAUUAUCCAGGAAAUUACAGACCCGAUGAUUUUGCAACCGGCGUCUCUUGAUCUUGCAACUUUGAAGAAAAAAGAGCAGGAGUUGGGAUUUUUUAUUUCUCCGAAUAAUCAUCCAGUGCAUCAGAUAGCGGAAAUUAAGUAUGGGUCUCCAGCUCAUGGGAGUACAAAAAUUGAGGAAGGAGAUGAGAUUGUUCAAGUGAAUUAUCAAACUGUUGUGGGUUGGCAAAGAAAAAACGUUAUGAUUUUACUUCAAGACUCGCCACCUGAGAUUGUACUAACUCUUAAAAAACGGCCUCGUCAUACUAAAGUUUAUGGACAAAUUUACAUGAAGCCGUAUCGUUUGCCAAGUAAGAAGUUGGAUGGUCAGCCCUAUUUUCGCUGGAGUGAGAGCAUACAGUCUCCUAGGCUACUUCCUAUUCAUAAUUUGUCUCCUAUUUCUAUUCCAAAGUUGCCAGCAGUGAUUGAACCUCCUGAUGUAGAGACUGAACUGAGUAGUAGUGAUGAUAGUGAACCCCCAGAUAGUCCUUUGGAUGGGAGUGGAAGGAUGUACCCCUUGAAACCAAGGCCUAUUUUACAACGACGCAAUACAAUAACUGGGGCGACCCCCACUAGUAAAAGGCCUUACCCUUCAGUAGAACAGUACUGGCAAAUAUGGAAAGACCGCGCAGUUUCGACCCAUUCCAGUUCGUACAACAUUGACAACACCGACUUCGACUCGGACGCGAAUUUCCUCCGCGACAAAAGCGCCUCCUGCAACCUGGGGCUGGAGCUGAGCCCCCGACCGACGACAGUCAUCGGCCUCAGUCCCAACCGUACCAAGAACUCCUUCAAGAACGACUUCAAAGAAAAAUCCGCGAAGAAGAAGGUCAACUUCCAGGAGAGGAAGCACGAAGAUAACGAGAAGAAGGAAAUUAUCCUGUUGAGUAAUUUGAACGACGAGAAGAGCGUCAGCGUUAAUAGUUUGGCUAGUUUGACUAAUGAGAACAUCGCGUUUAUAGACGAGGGUCGCGAAUUGACUGAUAGAACGAGCAUGGUGACUGACAGCGACGAUGUUAAAAGGGAGUGCGACCAUUUUCAGAAUGCCCACGAUAGGGUGAGGGAUGUCGUUCUUGCCGAGGUUAAGAUUCACGAUAUUAUUAGGAAGUUCGACGAGCAGAAGCUGGAAGUGGUGGUUAAGCCCAAGAUUUACCCGAGGUCGCAGAUUAAGAAGCCGCCCGACGUGCCGCAGAAGCCUGAUUCUAGUAAGAGACCGGUGGUUCCACCUAGGAGUAUUUCCACGAAGAUUAGAGGGAGGUUGGAUAAGAGUCAUAGCACGCCUGCGUAUGAUCUGACGGGGGAGGAAGGCUCACCUGUGGAGAAGUUUGCGGUAGAGAAGACUCAACUGGAAGUCACAGACGAUGGUAACGCUUUCAUUCCUGAAAACAAACCCACGAUCGAACCCUUCUCCGAAACCAAAUUCGAGCUCGGAAUCCCCAUCAUAGAAGCCAUAAACUUGCCAUUGAACCAAAACGUGCCAGUCCUCGAAGAAGUCAAAUGUACAGUUACGACACACGCAAUCGAAAAGCCUCCCGAAAUCAAAGAAAACGUCGACUUGGAUCUUCCCCCAAAACCUCCACCAAGAACUUUCGGAGUAGUCGACUUGAACAAACCAGCUUAUCCCAGCGACUCGCCCAAGCCAAACAUAGCAGAAAAAUUAAAAUCCGAGUCGAUUUUAGUAACCAAGAGCACAGUGUUCGAAUUUCCCGAAACGAGACCGCCCACUGUGCAUACUGUUGAAUUGUCAACGACAACUAUAACACUCAAGCCGCCGGAAUCUCCGGCUUUGCAUAAAGUGAAUAGUGAUGGUAAUAAGAUGCCGAGUAAAUAUUUUGAGCCGAAGACGGUGUCGACUCCGAAAGGGAAGGAUUUUUCGGGGGAGAAUGAUGGGGUUGGGUAUAAAAGUUCGCCGAGUUUUGAGGUCCAGAAGAGCAUGAGUGAUAGCAAGAUUUCGCCGACGAAUUCAAUAGUACGUGCCAUGAUUUAUUCUAACAAGAACAAGUCGGGGAAGAAAAAGAACACUAUCGCACAAAAACGUCGAAAAGUAACCGUCAACGACCUAAACCCACCCGACACUCAAGGUUACUUGUACCAACGCCUACGCAGUAAACACAACCAGAACAUCCACUGGGAAAAACGAUGGUUCGUUCUCUUAGGAAGCUGCCUCUACGGCUUCAAAACGAAAGAAGAUCCACGAGCCGCAUGCCUAAUUUUUCUCUCUGGAUUUACAGUAGCUGUUGCCAGUGAAGUAAAAUCGCGUUCAAACGCUUUCAAAGUCUAUCACACCGGAACAGUAUUCUACUUCUCCGCAGAAGACCCCGAAACCCUCCAAACAUGGAUCGAAAUGAUCACCGCCGCCACCCUCAACAACGACAGCCUAAAAGUCACCGACGGCUCCCUCUACUCCGAGACCGACGAGUCCGACAGCGAAAAACCAAAGAAAGUAGAAACCGAGAAAAACUCCGAAAGCAUCAAGAAGUUCGGCUCGCUUAAAAAACUCACGUCGAAGAAGCACGACGCUGCUGGCGGCAGCACGAGCCUCGACAGGAAGCGCUUUUUCAACAAAUCGAGCAGCCACUCGAAGAACUCGCUUCCGGUGCCCACCGCACAGUUCAGAUCCUACAGGAAGAUCAAAACCAGCGAUGGUCAACCCGGUAGCGUUACCACCGGAAAUUUUACAUCACACGUCGCGUUUUUUGCGCCAAGGUCGGAGAUACCGAAGUUGCAGCAGUCGGUGCAGAACGUUAGCGUGCCGAACUUGACGGUCGAGAAUUUGGGGAAGAAUCAGGAGAACGAUAAGUCUGCGUCUGCCAAGUUGUUGAAGGUCAAACCGUUGAAUUAUGUGCAUGCGAGCAAUCCGAGUUUGUGUAAUAUUAAUGAUUUCAACGUGCCGGCGUUCCCGAAGAAGUCGUUCAAGAGGGAGGGCAACGACAAUCUGGCGGGGUUCGUUACUUUGGAGCAGUUGAUGAUCAAGCAGAGUGAAGAGAGGAAGACGAAUCCGUAUAAUAUGGGCGAGGAUGUUUUGUUGAAUUUGGAUUUGAUCAAGCCGGACGUUGUGUAUGGAGAAGUGCCAAUUCGACCAAAAGAAAAACUAGAUCUCGAAGAAAAACACGAAAAAUCCGAACAAAUGUUCAAAAAAGGCCACACGCGGAACGCAUCCGACUCCCACAAAUCCGAAAAACAAGACUUCGGUAGUUCAUGUUUCGGCAAACGUCUCGGUUCUUUAAAAAAGAUCCACAAAGUCGACGACGACUACGAAAGUCGCACUUCAACCUACCCCAAAACCACGAAGGGUUUCGACACUAAACUCAACCGAUCGCUGCCAAGAACUCACAAACUGCCCGAAAAGCCAGACAGCUCCAAUCGUUACGCUUCCGACAGGAAUUUGACUGGUGACCGCGGCUACGAAAUGAUAUAUUGCCCAGAAACCACAACUGAUAUUCAGUUCGCCCAAAACCGAAAUUUGGACGACAGGAUGUAUAAAGAUACUCCGAAGAAAAGCCACAAAAUCAAGAAGCAGCACAGUUUUAGUUCGUCGGAUAAGAAGUCGGCGAAAGGUGACGCGGCUAAGUACACGAAUAAGGUGUCGGAUUCGUCGAAAGUUAAGUUGAAGUCGGCUCUUCAGUACACGCCGAUGUGCUUGCCGUUGUCGCAAGAUCAGAAGACUAAGCCGAAGUUGGCGUUUGAGUUGAAUUUGGACGAAAGAGGAUCGAAGGGGGGGAAGUUGAAACAGAUUUUCGGAAAGCAGAGCGAGGGGAAGAAGGAGAAGACGUUUUUAGGGUCGCCGAAGUUACAUCGGACGAUUUUUAGGAAGAAUAACUCGGGAUCUGAGGCAAGUUUUCCCUCGCGGGGUUCACAGUCUGUGUCUUUGUCCCAGAGCUCAUACUCGCUAGAAAACUCUCCACCGUCCUCAGCUGAACCCUUAUCGAUGAGUAUGAGCCCACAUGCCGAUUACCCGGGUUUAGAAUACCCCCCGGUAUUCGAACCAGAAACGUAUUCUCUUGCCGACCCUCAAAGUAGCCUAACAUUGUUACGUAAACAAGGUAAGAAUAACAACUAAUGUAAAAUAAAAUAUAAUGUAUAUUUUAGAAACCUAACGUAAUGUGCAAUCCAGUAAAUCCCGUUAAAAUAUUGUUACCUUUUUAACGUUGCCCUAUUUUUAAAGUUAAUUGAUAUGUGAUGAAUCGGUGCGGAUAUUAAUUAGUACUUAUGAAAAUUGUUAAAAUAAUUUUAUGACAAUCCUGUUGUUGUAAGUCGACCUUAGCCAUUGUUUUAUGUACCAACUAUUCUCGCCAUUGAUUUUUGCCUAUAGAUUUUAUUUAUUAUUUAAAUACAUAGUUUGGGAUUUAUUUUAGAUUGUCUGACAAUAAAGUAUAGGAAAGUAGAUACGUAGAGAAAAAAGUGUGUAGAAAAUUUGAGUUUUGUAGUGUCGAGAAGAUGGCGGAUUGUAUCACGUCACGUUUUUGUCAGGCGUCAUGUAAUUUAAAGUUGAAAUGAAACACCAUUGUUGUGAUAAAUUAAAACAUGUCAAUUAUUACGUAAAGAUAUUAUUUCGAUAGAAAAUAAUAAUCUAGGAGUAGAUUAAUGAGAUAGAUAUUUAUUUGUCUGUAUAUCUUCUAUAAAUGAAUUGUCAUGUUUGGUAAGACGAUUAAAUUGUUUUUUACGCUUACAGGAGCUUAAGUCAUGGUUUUUUGAAUUAAGUAACACUCACUACUAAAAUUUUAGGGUAAUGAAAAUCGGAAUUUUGGAAAUAAAUUCUUAUAUAUUCUUCCAGAAUUUUCUUUUUAAAUAACGUUGAAAGUAGAGCCAAUGUUUUAAAAUAUUAUGAAGCAAUUUACUCUUAGUUGCUGUAAAUUAGCAAUAAUUGCUACCUUGAAUACGUUCAUAUAUGUUUUAUAAACAUUUUUUGAUUAUUAAAAAUCGUUAUUUUUAAUUGUUGAGAAUUAAUUUUGAAAGAUUUCGCAUACUUGGCAAGCAAUUCAAGAGUCACCACAGGAAACAUGUACAGGGUGAGUCAAUAAGCACUCAACUAAAAUUAUUACUUUAUUUUUACUUUUUGAAUCUCUAAUUGACUCACCUUGUAAAUGUAAGCGGACCGAGAAGGGUCCAAUCAGUACAAUAGUAAUUAAAUUAUAUUUCUUUGAGUGAGAAUAUUAGAAAAAAAAACAUAAGUGAGAACGAUACUAUUGAAUGCUAACAAAAAUUUCGCCUAUUGUUGAUUAGUCAGAAAAGUUCAAUUAGAAAUUACUAUAAUAUAUUGUAGUUUAAAUGGCAAAAUUUUACCGCGGAUAAUAACUACGCCAUUACGCCAAGUGUCAGACAACAUAAUCUUUCUGAUAUUUUUUUAUCAUUUACAUAAUAAAAAUGGUGGCAAUAUUCACACAAUAAUGGAUAAUACUACAAUGUACUAUUUAUUUAUUAACAAUAAAAAAUAAAGUAUUUUAUGAAGGUUUCUACAUUCGCACUUGACACUGUUGAUAAUUAUGCAGAAUCCUGUUAUUGUUUUAUCUUUUUAAGUUCAGAUAUUAGAAUGACAGUACGAGGUAUAAUGAACCCAUUUUUGCCAUACGUUUUUCCCCACUCCCGUUGCAUUAUCAGAAAACUUCAUUGUACCUUUACUUUUUAAUACAUUAUAUUUGUAUUUGUUAGUAUUUUUACUCUUAAGCUUAUUUUCGGAAAUAGCAGUAUUAUUUGGAUAUAGAUUUUAAGGUUAUAUUUAUUUGUUGUAACUUUUGGAUAUUAGAGCCAAUAUUUUUGUAGUCUGCAGCAGUUCCUCAGGGAUAUUGGCAAAUUCUUGAAAGUUAUAAUACACAUAUCUGUAUAUAAUUAUUUUAUCGAGUUAUUUUAAUAUUUAUAUUUUGCUUUUUAUUGUAGUAAGUGCCAAAACAAUACCCUUUGUUAAAAUGGAUUUUUAUUCAUGUGUAAUAAAUUACGUUGUUAUUGAAA